AUGGGUUUAUCUGGAGAAGAAUAUUCUCAGGCAAUGAAUAUUGAAGUUAUGGACGCCCUUGAAACUAAGGAAGAAGCCUUAGCCAAAAUGAGGAUCCAGAAAGAGAAAGUUCCCGAAGCCUAUAAUAAAAAAGUGGUGCUUAAAGAAUUUCAAGAAAAUAAUAAGGUUUGGAAGAUGUUUCUACUAGAAGCAGCUUAUAAAGAUCAUCAGUUAGGAAAAUGGUCACCUAAGUGGCAGAAAUUAUCUAGCAAUGCAUAUUUACUGAAAGAUAUAGAUGACAAAGUAAAAGAUAGAGCUUUCAAUGUAAAAUUCAUACCAUCCUUUUAUCUCAGAACAACAUGA